UUUGACGGCUCAAACUUUCUUAAUCUCGGACCGCUAAUUUCCUAGAUGUCUUCUGAACUUGUUCGCUACGGAAAACUCUACUUCGCGGACGGAGACGUUGCCAUUGCCUCUACGAAAUUGAGCGAAUCCAAAGGCCCCGUGUUUCGUGUCCAUCUCUCUACUAUCGCUAAACACUCUAGUCUGUUCGCCGACAGCCUGAAAAACAAAAUCGAAUCGGCAAAUGGUAACGACCAGUACGACGACGUGCCUCUCAUCAGAUAUCCAGACAAACCCGAACAUAUUGCAUCAAUCCUCGAGGCCGUUUACUUCGGGAUCACGGUACCUCUCAGGUUCGAUGCUGAAGGAGUCAGAAGAUCACUCACGGAGGUUAUGGAGAUGGCGAAGAAAUACAAGUUUGAUGGUAUACAAGCUAAAUGUACUGCCGUCCUCCAAAAAGACUGGCCGCCCACACUCAGUGGCCUAUAUCGUGCCCAGGCUGAGAUGAAGCAACUUCAGGGGAACCCACGCAGGACUUCGGACCUAGACGACGAGGACGAUAUAGACGACCCCGAUCUCAAACAAGAAACACCUGAACGAAUUCGGCCCAGAAAGUUUCGCGACGUAGAUAUCCAAUGGGCCUCCUACUCCGGCCUCGCACAUGCGCUCGAUUACAAAAUCCCCUCGAUUUUCCCCGCUGCGUUCUACACGCUCUACGUCCAGGCCAACUUUCGCACCGUUCGCAGAUUCUCUCUCGGUCAUGAUGGACCUAAAAAUAUCCGGCAUAUGAUCCCAAACGAUCUCAACAAGCUCACAAAGAUCUUUCCCGCAGAAUUCUCACUCGUUGUGCCUCUCCUCAACAAGUUUGUUUAUAUCGUCAGCUUCUGGAUUCAAAAGAAGUUCAAACGCCAGUGCAGAGACUGCGAACGAGCGGAGAAGAAGAGGGCUGGUGAUGUAGGUGAUGAAAUGGAUAUCGAUGUUGGGCCAGUCAAGUUUCCCUUGCCUCCUUUCGUUGAUCUUCGAGUCUGUGAACCCGACCCUCUGGGUAACCUGCGUUUGGAGACCAUUGAGUACUUCCGAAAGUAUCGUCCAAUAACCAAAAAAUACUGCCAACAAUGCUGGACGGUUCUGAAACAAGAGAUCAAUGCCUGGGCGGACAAAUUAUGGGUUGAUGUCCUCACAAAACAAGAUUUUACGCAUAACUUUAUUAUGGACGAGGUGAUGCUGGAAGGUGCAUCUAUGGACUGGCCCGAAAACGGACCUGAAGUCGUUCCACAUAAGACACUCUACUUCCCGGACGGAGACGUAGCCCUCCAGUCCUCGGAAACGCCUUCUGUUGGAGAUAUUCACAUAUUCCGCGUCCAUGUCUCUGUCGUCGCGUUGCGCUCUCGCGAUUUCGCCACCAAAUUAAGGAGUACACCCGGAAGUACCCUUUGCGACGAGUACGAUGGUGUCCCUCUGAUUACAUUACCGGACGCACCUGAAGACCUAGAAGCGAUCUUGCGCAUUGUAUAUGGUUACAGACUCGAACUCCCCCCACGGUUCAAUCUCGAGGGGUACAGAGAUAAACUCUGGCGAAUCCUGGCCAUGGCUAACAAAUACCGAUUUGAUGAGGCCCGAGCGGACAUCAUCGCCUUUCUCGAGAAGGACUGGCCCCCUACGCUCGAGAAACUAUAUAUCGUCCAAGGUGAGAUCAAGCAGCUCCAGGCAGCUGUCGACAACUUCGCGGACUUGGAUCACGAGGACGACAUCGACGACCCUGACCUCAGAGCCGGACCUCUCCAACAUGUACCUGCCAACCGACUGAGCGACGAAGAUAUCGAUCGUGCCGCCAUGAUGGCUAUAGCAAUGUCACACAAACUCGACAUUCCCUCGAUUUGUGCCGCCGCGACAUACAGGCUCUACGUGCAGGCGAAGUUCCGUACCUCCUAUAGACACUCUGACGGGAUAGCUCAAGAGGCCGUCAGAGGGCCAAUGACGAACGAGUUAGCUAAGCUUGCUAGCCAUCUGCAGGAUGGAUUCCUGAACAACUCUCCUCUCGAACCUAUUGCGACUUUCGUCAGCUUCUGGGUCGAGAAGAAACUCAAGCGCCGAUGUCCAAAGUGCGCAAGGGAGGACGAGAAGAGACCGGAGGUCCGAAAAGAAGCAGCAGCGUCGAUUAAGGAGCCUCUGCCUCCUUUCGUCAAUCUUCAGGUCUGCGAGACUGAUCCCCUAGUCCUCUUACGCUCGGAGACUCUCAAGUACUACCGCAAGUACCACCCAGACGACGACAGCAAGUACUGUCAAGAGUGCUAUGCUGUACUCAAAAAGGAGAUCCGAGGGUGGGCUGAUCGGUUGUGGGAUACAGUGUUUAUGAAGCGCAAAAUCGACAUGCUCGACAUAAUAGGGGACAUAUUUCAAGGCAACGAUGGCUCCAUGAACGUGAAGGUUUUUGGCAGUCAAACCGAUUCGCUCGCGUCGCGCAUGACGGAACUCUCAGUGGGCUCGCUGCACAACCUAACGACUCUUCCUCGUGUUCCACCUCCGACAAGCCACAACACUGAUCGCGCGGGAUCCUCUCGAUCAGCCGAGCCUUCUCGUCCCGCUCAGCGAUCUCGUCCCUCCCAAGUCUCUCGUCCUGCCCAGGCUUCGCGUGCUUCUAGGCCUACCGAAGUUUCUCGUUCUACGACCGCUCGUCCUACGCAUCCGACAGCUGCAAGUACCAGUCGCGCUGAGGACACUCGUCCCGCUGGAGCUCCCCGCCCGACUGGAUUUUGGGCUCCUUCUCCUUCUCCUGAAGCUUCUGGUUCCUCUCAAGCCUCUCCUACCGCAGCUUCUUGUUCCACUGCUGGCCGCCCCAUCGCCCCACUUCCGAAGAGAGCACUGCCCAAGAGUACGCCGAAUGAGGACGUUGCGAUGCAGUUCGACGAAAGUGCCUACUUGGCCGCUGCAUCUGGACGUCCAGUCAUAAACCUGGAUGCCGUCGCCCCCGACCAUCAGCCUUCAGAAGAAGAAGAAGCUGCGGAUGAAGUGGAUUCAGAUGAAGAUCUAUACGGCGGCGCUCCCCUUCGUGAACGGUCGAUUCCUCCCGAUGCCUGGGAUUAUUAGUAGUUGGGGCCACAGUUCUGUGUUCCAGCAACUUCGGGUAAAAAGCCUUGGCUGUCGUUGUUCGUUCUUGCCGUGUACUAUCGAGAUUCUUGGUAUCUUGUCCCCAUGUGCCUUAUAGGCACCCGUUUGUAUAUUCGUACAUCUCCG